AUCCUGGAGGUUUAUGGAGUUGCACCUAUGGAUACCACUUCUGCGAUCGAAUUAUUGACCAAGAUGAUGCAUAGAUGAUGAAUGUUUCGUGCAUACAGUGCAUGCCAGCCCUAACUGGAAAUCAAAAGAAGGACAAACAGGUGGGGUCCAGACGUCAUCUUGCCUGAGUACAGCCAGGCAACCUCCUACGAUGCCCACGUCGUCUGCGAUACCCAAGGCCGUUUUGUACUAUAGCCCACAAUCUGUGUGGUCUUCUGCGAUACUUCUUGCAUUGCAUGAGAAGGGGUAUGGAGAGGAUGAAGUUGAUCUCAAGGUCGUGAACAUCGACAAGGGAGAAGAAUUUUCUCCGACCUUCCUCAGGUUGAGCCCCAAAGCAAUGGUGCCAACUCUUGUUGUACCCCUCCGCGGCUCUCUCGCAUCCGAUGUUGCAAGCCGCUUCAAGGCUAUUUCAGACACGAAAGCACUGAUUGAGUUCUUGGACAAAUCGCGAUCCGCCACAUCUCACACGCACACUACAUCGAGCGCUCCAGCCCCAUCAUUGUCCCCCGCAACGGUUGCAUUCGCCAGUGCAUCCAGCAAGAUAAUUGACACUAUUCAGGCUGAUGAGCUCUCUCCCGAUCAUUUGCAGUACUCGAAUGCCCGCAAUCAAGCCUCACUUCAAGAACUCGGAAAGUCUCUGGUCCCUAUCCUUGAAUCUAGACGAGUGGCAAUCGUGGGAUAUCUAACCGAGUGUGAACAUGAAACCAUGCGGAUGUCCGAAAAAACCAAGACAUUCUGGCGAGAGAAAAAGUUGGAGGUGGAGGCGGCGCUGAGCGUUUUCAGUGGAGAUCAUGUUGAUGGAUACUUGUCGCGCUCCAGAAACUUGUGGGAGGUUACCAUUCCCGGUGUCCUCACUCAAGUGAACGAGGAGUUAAUUGGGCCCUAUGCGUUAGGCGAUCAGGUCUCUAUCGCAGAUAUUCACUUGAGCGCUUGGCUCUUUCAUCUUGUCAGAUUGGCUGGCGGAAGCCCUUCUGAUGAUGGAGAUGUUGCCAUAAAAAAGCUGGAAAAACAUAUUGGAAAUGGGUUCGCCAUUCCCGAGGACUUCUUGUCUUCGGCUUUCAGCCCUUUCACUGAAGAGAAACCAGUUGCGAGGAGCAAGUUGGCAGUAUUUUGGGAUGCAAUGAAAACAAGGUCGAGCUGGAAGAGAGUUUAUGCUUCAUAGGAUUUGUAUACACGGAUCAGUUUACGCCCAAUUUUUUUUACGUAGGCCAAUGGAUUUUUUUUGCACUGCAGCCA